CCGCAGCCUGUGUACCUGCGCCAGCCACAACAGUCGUUGUCUGCUGGACAAGGACGCCCUUGCUCGCACGGCUACUUCCGCCAAGGCUACUAACAUAGUCAGGGGCGGUUAACGCUUCACCCCACCCUAGGAAGUUCACGAUGUUUGCCCCACCCAUCUUUCCGACACACCGUUGAGUAUAGGCUGGGUAUUUGAAAUGGGUGAUCCAUCGCCGCGUCAUAGCGUUCCGAUAUGCAGCCGCCGAAGCAAAGCUGUUUUUGGAAAGAUCGCAGAGUUCAUGUCCCAAUUCGGAUGAUCAGUGCGGGAACAAGUGCGAGUGCGAUAGCAGUGCGGCGCUGCUGUGGUCGGAGGCCGCAUAAGAGGUUGCAGUUCCUCAGGCAUUUCCAUUCAGAUCAACACAUUCGUUCCAGUCAUCAAUUCACUUCACUACAUUCUUUCGUUCACUCGUAUACACUCCGUGAGCUCUCUUCGAGCGAGAACAUUCGCUAUGUCUCUCCGUUACCUCUUCAGCGCAGCUGCUCUGCUCAGCACGGCGCUGGCACACCCUUCGACCUCUCUCAAGAAGCGCCACUCUCAUCCUUCCCGCCUGUUGUCGAGUAGAGAUAUCUGCUCAGGCAACACCGCUUCCACUCGUUCGGAGUGGUGCGACUACUCGAUCGAUACAGACUAUACUACUGAGGUUCCUGACACUGGAGUCACCAGAGAGUACUGGCUGACUCUCGACGACGUGACUGUCGCUCCUGACGGCGUCUCACGUUCGGCGAUGGCUGUCAAUGGCACUAUCCCUGGCCCAACACUGUUCGCAGACUGGGGUGACACCGUCACCGUUCAUGUGACAAAUAACUUAGUCGACUCCAAGAAUGGCACCAGUAUACACUGGCACGGUAUUCGUCAGAACUACACCAAUGACCAGGAUGGUGUUGUCUCAAUUACCCAGUGUCCUACUGCUCCUGAGGACACUACCACGUACACAUGGCGAGCGGCACAAUAUGGCAGCACUUGGUACCAUUCACAUUUUGCGCUGCAGGCGUGGCAAGGUAUCUUUGGUGGUAUCGUCAUCAAUGGUCCUGCUACGGCCGACUAUGACGAGGAUUUGGGCAUGCUCUUCUUGAACGAUUGGGAUCACCAGACGGUCGAUGAGCUAUAUAUCAGCGCGGAGAGUUCGGGACCGCCCACUCUUGACAACGGUCUCAUAAACGGCACCAACACUUACGAUGACGGCGGCUACCGAUACAACACUUCCUUCACCUCCGGAACUUCCUACCGCAUCCGACUUGUUAAUGCGGCCGUGGACACUCACUUCAAGUUUAUGAUCGACAACCACACUAUGCAAGUCAUCGCUUCCGACCUCGUCCCUAUCACACCUUACGAGACCACCGUCCUCGACAUAGGCAUGGGCCAGCGCUACGAUGUUAUCGUCACCGCUGACCAAGCCGAUGUGGCCGACAACUUCUGGCUACGCGCCAUCCCGCAAUCUGCCUGCUCGGAGAAUGACAACUCGGACGACAUUCGUGGCAUAAUCUACUACGGAGACUCGCCCUCGACCCCAUCCACUACUGCGUACUCUUACGAUGACAGCUGUGAUGACGAGACAGACAACCUGGUCCCGUACAUCAGCAAGAGUGUCGAGACGGAAUCGAGUACGAACGUCGAGGCCGCCACUGUAGGCUAUAACUCCGACAAGCUCUUCCGCUGGUUCCUGAACAGCACUACCAUGGUUGUUGAGUGGGAGAACCCGACUCUUGAACAAAUUCUUGCAGGCAACACAACCUACGCGACGUCUAAUGCUGUACUUGAGUUGCCCGAUGCGAAUAUAUGGACAUACCUCGUCAUCGAGACCACGUUGUCUGUGCCUCACCCGAUCCAUCUCCACGGGCACGACUUCUCCGUCCUCGCACAAGGCUCUGGAACUUACUCUUCGUCCGUCUCCCUCAACCUAGAUAACCCGCCCCGCAGGGAUACAGCCAUGCUGCCAGCUAGUGGUUACCUGGUGCUGGCAUUCGAGACGGACAAUCCUGGUGCUUGGCUAAUGCACUGUCAUAUUGGCUGGCACACAAGUGAAGGCUUUGCGCUGCAGUUCAUCGAGAGGUAUGAUGAGAUUGCGGCGCUGACGGAUGAGGACCGGUUGACUACAGGGUGUGAUAACUGGACGAGCUUUACGGAGGAGGCGAGUAUUGAGCAGGAUGACUCUGGUGUGUAAGUCUGAUGCAGACAUCGAAAGUUCGGUGUAGUUUGAUGAAGUCUCAUAUAUUGGGUUUGGUGAUGCUUCGG